GAGCAAAAAGGACACAUAUGCGAUGGGACAUGAGCGGGGCGAGAGAUGCCAUUGCCACCUGUGAUUAAACCGGCCGGUCGAAAAACUCCCCCAAGUCCUGCCCGGUUCGGACCAUCAUCUUCCCCAACGAUCCAGAGAAAGACGCCAUUUUUUUCUUCUUCGCGUCCUUCGAGAAAGGAAGCGCCAAUGGAGCUGGUGCCGUAUUCGGACGGGAAAGAAUCCGAAUCCGACCCCAAUGCUUCUCCGGCGUGGCAGGACAUGUUCCGGUCCGCGUCCAUGAGAAAACCCGACCCAUCACCUCAGAAUCCGUUACCGCCGCCGAAGCCGAAACCGAAGCCUCCCUCCACCGCCGGAGACGGUGACAGCUCCUGGGACCCACAGGUACGCCUCGCCAUCUACAUAGCCAUGGCUCACGCUGGAUUAGCCCUCAUGAUUUUCACUCUUUACGGAAUUUGUAAAUUGCUCGAGGAAUAUCUGAGGCCCCUCCUCUGGGCCGUCCUCUGUUCGAUCCCAUUGAGGGGGAUCCAACAGACCCUCGUUUCCUUUUGGUCUGAGCCUCUCAAGCUUGGACUCACUGAGACCAUCUUGGCCAUCCCCGUGGCUAUUUUCAGGGUUUUCGUCGGAACCCUUGUUGAUAUCAAGGAGAAAUUCCUUGGAAUUGUUCGUAGAAAAGAUACACUCGGUCCCAUUAGGCGCCGUAGAAGUGGGUUCUUCAGGUUGCUGAGGUUACUGGUCUCUUUCUGGGUGUUUGUGAUGGCUUAUGAACUGAUCGGAGCCGUGGGUUCGGUAGCACUUCUCACAUUAGGGUUCAUGUUUUCAUCUUCUGGUGUGGAUUCCACCAUGAAUGCAGUCACUAAUCUUAGAAGCCAAAGCUUUCGCCGUUUGCCCAUUACUUCUUUCUUCACUGGUGGGAUUCUAAAAAGGCUCAAGACCAUUGUGGCAAUUGGAUUGAUUGUUGGCCUUAGUGUCGGAUCCUUGUCUGGUGCCAUAUUCUUUUCCUAUAAGAUUGGAGUCGAAGGAAAAGAUGCCGUCUUUCGCCUCAAAUCACAUGUGGAGGAGAACAAUUACGCUGAGAGAAUCGGAGUUAGGAAAUGGAUGGAAGAAAACGACGUGACUGGGAUGGUUGAUAAGUACACCACCCAGUUAUAUGAGACUGUUUCUGAUCAGAUCGACAGCUACGCGAGUCAGUACAACAUGACUGAGUUUGUUUCUGGGAUCAAACAUUUUGUAACAGCAUCGUCCUCCAACAACUCUUCAGAACGGUCCACUGUUUUAGCUCCUCCUUCGCGGUAUACUGAGAACAUGUUGAGCCUGAAAAGGAGGAUCAAGGAAAGGGAAUGGGGACAGAUGUACACAGAAGUGCAUGCUAUUUUCAGGGAAGUGUUGAUAACCCGAGAAGACUUGGUGGAGAAGGCGAAAGGGUUUGCCCUUCAAGGAGUGAAUGUCAUGCAAAGCGUGUUGAUGAGCAGUAAAUCUGUUGUAGGGGGGAGUGUCAAGGUCGUUUUCGUCAUUGGGAACUCCAUAGUUUCAGGAGCCGCGGGGCUUUUCAACUUUGUGUCUCAGUCGAUGGUUUUCUUUUGGGUUCUGCAUUAUCUUAUAACUUCAGAGUCAGGUGGAGUGACGGAGCAGGUCAUGAAUAUGCUCCCCAUCUCACACUCUGCAAGGACUCGGUGUGUGGAGGUUCUUGACAAGGCCAUUUCAGGGGUUCUUUUGGCGACUGUUGAGAUUGCUUUCUUUCAGGGGGUUUUGACUUGGCUCCUUUUUAGGCUGUUUUCGAUACACUUCUUGUAUAUGUCAACUCUGCUCGCGUUCAUCAGUUCGUUGUUUCCACUUCUGCCCUCAUGGAUAUCGACAAUUCCAGCCGCGUUACAGCUUGUCUUGGAAGGGAGAUAUGUCUUGGCGAUCAGCAUAUCCACCAUUCAUCUUGUGAUAAUGGAUUUCGGUGCUUCUGAGAUUCAAGAGGAUGUUCCUGGACAUUCAGCAUAUCUCACUGGUCUUAGCAUUAUUGGGGGAAUGACAUUGUUCCCCUCGGCAAUUGAGGGAGCCAUAAUGGGGCCACUUAUUACCACGGUUGUCAUAGGCAUUAAGGAUCUAUAUGCAGAAUUUGUUUUGGAGGGACAAAAGAGCAAGGAUUCUUAGAGCCUCUCAAAAAUUAUUUUUACGAGUUAUGUUGGAUGAGAAGUGCAGAGCUGCCAUUUGAUUUUUUUUAUUGGCUAAGACACACUUUAAGCGUAUUUAUAGUUCUUGCCCAUCUUCUUUCGUCCAAUUUUUUUUUUUGCUGUGUAAAUGCGAGCAGAUGGUACUUGUGAUCUUGGUUUGUGUAAAUAUAGUGUGAGCAAUUCAUUUGUGAUGUAUUUGUUUGGUUGAGUGGUGAGAAUAAAGUGCACAACUGCUCUGGGAAAUAUGUAUUCGUGUUUGAUUUCUUUUGCAAUGGUUUAUAGCUAAUGUACACGAAUAAGAGUUCAUAUUUUCCCUUUCUCCUGCCUUAGCUGGUGCUUGUAUGGGG